UGGUAGGUGGGGGAAUCGCGCAGGACCGUCGCCUCCUUUCCCUGGCUGUCCGGCGAGGAAGGCACCUGGGCGGACAGCGGCGCCCGGGAAGGGGCGGCGGUAUCAUAGAUGUCAAAGAAAACACUGGAUUUUUUCUCCAAGUGAGUCCUGCCAGACUGCUGAUUUAGCGUUCUGGAUUGUGGAUGAUUACCUCAUUCCAGGGACAUGAAGCCUUUUGGGGCGGCUUUCAAGGGGAAGAGCUGGUAGACUGCUCUGAAGUUGACACGUGCUUCUGUGAGAAAAAGAGCAGAGCCUGGUGGACCUGUGAUAGGGAGCAACUGUUCUCACAUACCUGCAUUUAGUCCCAGGUGUGCUUUUCUGCCAACUGCUACAGAGCAGAAGAUUAGCAGACAUGUCCAUAGCACUCAAGCAAGUCUUUAAUAAAGAUAAGACCUUCCGCCCAAAACGUAAGUUUGAACCUGGAACCCAGAGGUUUGAACUUCACAAACGAGCGCAGGCCUCUCUCAACUCAGGCGUGGACUUGAAAGCAGCUGUGCAGCUUCCCAAUGGAGAAGACCAAAAUGACUGGGUGGCUGUCCAUGUUGUUGACUUCUUCAAUAGGAUCAACCUCAUUUAUGGAACUAUCUGUGAGUUCUGCACAGAGAGGACCUGCCCAGUGAUGUCUGGAGGCCCUAAGUAUGAGUACCGGUGGCAGGACGACAUGAAGUACAAGAAGCCCACAGCAUUGCCAGCACCCCAAUAUAUGAAUCUUCUCAUGGACUGGAUCGAGGUGCAAAUCAACAAUGAGGAUAUAUUUCCUACGAGCGUAGGUGUUCCCUUUCCAAAGAACUUCCUUCAGAUCUGCAAGAAGAUACUCUGCCGCCUUUUUCGAGUGUUUGUUCAUGUCUACAUUCAUCACUUUGACCGUAUCAUCCUCAUGGGUGCUGAGGCCCAUGUCAAUACCUGUUACAAGCAUUUUUAUUACUUUGUGACAGAGCUCAACCUCAUAGACCGCAAGGAAUUAGAGCCUUUGAAAGAGAUGACAACCAGGAUGUGUCACUAAAAAGCUACCAACUGAAGAAAAGCAAAGUCCAGGUUCCUUCUUACCGCGGAGCUCAAAAACGUGAGGGCCCCUGUGGACUGAGCUUUCUUGUUAAUCCAUGCAAGCAGGAAUGCUGGGAACCACAGUUACUUUCACAAAUACUUCCCACCACUGUCAGCGUUCUUAACCCUGAAUAUGCUGCUAGGAACCUUGUCUGAGUGACAUGGAUUCUGGAGAAAAAGAAGAGUCAAUAUCAGUUGGAGCUCCUUCGGUAGGGAUAAGAACCCCUUCACCCAUGAACAACGACAUACUGUGCUCCUGCUGCUAAAGCUUUCCUGAAAUUCAGAUCCCUGGGCUGAUCUCCAGAUGAGUUGUUCUGAAAAAAACCUGCAUUGUUAGCUGCAAUGAUGUUCUCUUUUGUUUCUUGGUAUGUGCUUUGUUUCCCAAGUGCCGCAGAAUAUGAAGAGGGUCUGGAAUCACAGAAGACUUCUGGCCUUUAAUGCCCCCCAGCCAGCCCUCACCAGAGGCCACCCAAGGCUUGGCCACCAUUCCCAUAUGCCAGCGAGCCUUGUGUUUCCAGGAACACGUUGUGUUCUUCAGCUGAUUGGGCAGUUUGUGCUUCAUUGUGGCUCAUAAUUGGGUGACAAUGGGACAGUUUCUGGUCUCAGUUCCAUGAGCAGGGAUCCAGACAGAGCUCUGUAGUGCUGAAUGCUUUUCUUUGAAUUCAUGCUCUAACUGAGAGCCCAUCUGCUCAAUCUCUCGCAUUACCUAAAAAACCAGCUAUAAUCGGCAUUUUCCUGAAGUAUCCUAUGAAGUACACCAAUCUGCCAUGUAAUUUUAUAUCCUUUUGUCCCCUUAGAAAAGGGAUCCUUCUCAUUCACCUGAAAAUUUCAUCUUUUCAGGGAAAAAGAAGUUUAGUUUUAGUAACUGGGAGAAAGACAUGGUAAAGACGAGCAGUACCAAGCUGACAGCAGGAUGGACUAAGUGAAGGUCUCCAUUGCAUCUGAGGGGUGUCCGGCAGUGUAGCUUGCUUUCCAUGCUGGACUAACACAAUUUUUUCUCCCAGUACUCAGUCCAACUUAACUAACACAUGUCUGGACAGCCUGGAAGGAUCCAUUGCAGUAAAUCAAGUCUUCUACGCCAAAUAUGCCCUCAUAAGAGGCGUUUUUCUCCAAAAAUAAAUGAAUUAAAGCAAUACUUAACAGACACCUUGCAAGAGAGAUACUGCUGAAUAAAUGGGAAUCAAGUGGAACACACCUGUAUAUUUUGUGCCUUCUAAUGGAUUUUGCACAUUUGUGUUAUUGUGCAGAUAACUCCUUCCUGAGUAAGUGCUGAACCCUGUUGCUGCCUCCCUCUCAAGUGAGUUAGGGACGUAACAUCUCCUGAGAUACAGUGUCAGGAGCAAAUCUUGUAGAGUAUCCAGUGACGGAACAUUUAAAAUAGAGGGAUUGCAGGCUCUAAAAAAUAACACCAAGCCUUUUCUAGCUCUUACUGUGGUACCUUCUGCUGUGCUUGCCUGCUUGUGUAAAACAGGACUUGCGAAUGUUGAUGAUCACGUCCUUGCUGGGACAAAUGGCUUUUGUCUGUGCAAGUUCAGUGCAGCAACGGGGGAGGCUUUUCUGCACCUUUAGGAUCACGCAGGCAGCAUUAUCCUUUGCUUUCAAGGGGAUGGACUGGAGCGUUCCCACCGCCUUCGGUGGUCUUUGCAAUCAGGUUAAUUCUGUGGGGAUUGGGAUGCGCACACAGAUAAUUUCUGGCCUGCUGGCACUUUUGCAGGAUAUAACUUGCUUGUGGACUUCAUUGCCAUGGCCGCUGCUGAGCUUAGUUGCCUCAUUUCAAAGAAGAUGGGAAAUGGUACGUCUUUGAAAGAAGAUACGUGGUAGGUGUGGAUGACAACUGCUUGGAAUUGCAACAUCAACCAUGUACGGAAGGGUUUUGUGUGCUUCUCCGAAGUGGCUGGACUGUUGCAGUGAUGGAGAAGGACCUGUAGCUGAUACAGCACCCUUGAAUUUCGCUGUGGCCAGUUGCCACUUGGUGUUCAUGUGGCUGCAGUGUUAUGCUUUAAAGAUUAACACGAAGAUGCAAAUGUGUGGAAUUUGGUGCAUGAAGAUCAAAGUCACUACGCAAAUUGAAAUUGUGAUGUUUUAUGCCUAGAAUAAUCUCUUCUUUGUUUUAUUACGCUAAUUACCACGUGCUGUUUUGAGUCUAUUCACUGUAACUAGGUCUGAAGAGGAAGCAGAAUUUUUUCCCAGUUGCAAUGAAUUAUUUUUUUCAUAA